AUGGAGAUCUCUGAUUCGGUGCCGCUCUUUCACUCUAACCUCAUUCUCCUUCCUCCUCUCGAGAUCGCUCAUCAUGGUUACUUUCUCUUCUUCUUCUUAUGUUUUGAAUUGGCUUCGAAAUUGGACUUUGAUAUUGGCCUACGGAUUGUGGAGUUUAAGUUCAUCUACAAAAUGAAAUUGUCUCCUUGCUUCUCUAGAACCAUUACGUGGAUGAGUAUUGUUGGGUACUUUCACGCCAACGAGAGGUUUAGUGAUGUGGAGCUGGUAUGGGCGAAGAACCUUGGUGAUCACAUCUAUUGCUAUUUUCCUUUUCCACCGAUUAAGUAUUACCUAUAA